GCUCCAAAAACCCGUCGCUUGGUUUCUAAGAGAGGAGUUUGUACCCCCUGGUGUGGUUCGAAACACAGUUUAUAUAUCGUGACUCUGACAUGAAAGUUUGCUCGCCCUGAUGACUAUUUUUCUCUUAAAAGGACGUAUUCUCUGCUUAUCAUACAAGAAUAAAAGAGUAGAAUAAUCAGAUCAAACAUGAGAAAUAUUAAUAAUACCCAAAAAAUCGUUUCUAAAUUAAAAAAUGCAAUGACUUCGCAAGUGAAUGAAAAAGAAGAAAACACUAUGAGUUGGUGGCUUUUACUGGGAAGUGUAACUAUAUGUACAUUAAUCACAAGAUUCUAUAAAGUUACAGAACCUCAACAUGUGUGUUGGGAUGAAACACAUUUUGGAAAAAUGGGCAAUUGGUACAUAAAUAGGACGUUCUUUUUUGAUGUGCAUCCUCCUUUGGGAAAGAUGCUUAUUGCUUUAUCUGGAUAUAUGACUGGUUAUGAUGGCAAAUUUGCUUUUGAAAAACCAGGAGAUAAAUUUGAAAGUGUUAAUUAUAUUGGUAUGAGAAUUUUUUGUACAUCUUUAGGUGCAACUAUUGUUCCUUUAUCUUAUCUUAUCACAUGGGAUCUUACCAAGUCUACUUCUGCCUCUUUGCUUGCUGCCAUUUUUAUUUUAUUUGAUAUAGGACUGUUGACAUUAAACCAGUAUAUUCUUUUGGAUCCGAUAUUGUUGUGUUUUAUGAUGUGUGCAACAUGGGGAAUGGCUCGUGUAGCGUCGCUCCGCAACCGGUCAUUUACACGGCCUUGGUGGUUGUGGUUGUCAUUUACUGGAGUUUCGCUCGCAUGUACUAUUAGUGUUAAAUUUGUCGGACUUUUUGUUGUUCUACUCGUAGGUCUUUAUACUGUGUAUGAACUUUGGCAAGAAUUGGGAGACUUAUCUAAUCCUAUCUUUGAUCAACUGAAUCUCAUCCAUACCAGCCAACAGCGUUGCAUAAUAUUCAAACCUCUUUGAAGCUGGCAGGACCAAAUUGGCAGAAUCGAAACGCACUAUCAAAUUUUUUAGUACUUAUUUUGUGCUAAUUUGUGCUAUUAAUAAAAAUUGUGUACCUCGUGCCAUUUUGAAAAAAAUCGUGGCGCUGUUACCUUUAUAUGAAGUCAGCAGGACCACAGCAAAAAAUAAUUGAAAAAUAAAACCAAGUACAUAAAUAGAAAGAGCAUAAUUUGUGCUAAUUUGUUCCAUAAAAGAAAAUUUGAUAUUUUCUGAUUUUGAUAAAUCUGUAAAGUGCCACUUGUGUGAGUAGAAUCGAAUCGCGACUUUUGCAAUAGAUACCGCUUAUUUGCUGCUACUAAAAUAUGUAAUUGCAGAUUUUGUACCCGCGGCAUUUCUUCAGAAACCAUCACAGACCCAGCUUACGUUCAAGAAUAAAGUGCCACUUGUAAUGAGCAGAAUCGAGUCGCGACUUUUGCAAUAAAUACCACUUAUUUUGUGCUACUGAAAUGUGUAAUUGCAGAUUUUGUACUUGCGGCAUUUCUACAAAAACCAUCACAGACCCAGUUUACGCUCAAGAAUAAAGUGCCACUGUUUUUCAAAAUAUCAAAUUUUCUUUUAUGAAACAAAAGUAGUGCAAAGGGUGGUGCUAUGAUAGAUUUAUAUACAAUGCACCUAGUGUAACCUGAUAUUUCUCUUCCAAUUCUGUUUAAAAAAAC